AGUCUCCGACAAACCUUAGAACCGAGCAGUCGCCAUGCAAGCGCACGUAUUUACAGUGGCCCAGUGUCAUAGUGUCCUAGUAUGAAGUGAAAAAAUCAAGGAAUAUGGUGAAAAGUGAAAAGUGAAAGGCAGUAAAAAGCCUGAAAGGGCAUGGAACAUAGCGCGGAACUCGCACCCCUACAGCCGCACAGUGAAGCGCGUUACCAUCACAAGUGCAUUAUUCGCAGCAGGAGAAAAAACAACUGGAUCGGGAAUGGUGAUUGAGCCAGUGUUGGGAAGUCGAUGUUAAAGUGCGAGUGAAGGCGAACGUGUGCAAAUGUGCUUUGUGUUCGUGUGUUGCAGGCCCAAGAAAGUAAAAUACGAAAAUAGAAAUAGAAAUUGCCGGAGUGCAAACACACAAGCGAUUACAUAAAGCCCAACUAGCAUCCCCAACAUCCGACAACUGCAACCAGCGGAGAAUAAAAAAAAAUUGAUGGCCAAUGCUUAAAGAAAACAUACGCAUCGCAUCGCAAAAUGUAAAGCAAUAAUCAGCACAACAAAGCCAAAGCUCACAAUAGAAGUAGACGACCAGGCUGAGCAACUGAGCUGGGACGAUGCCAAAUGCCAUUAUUGGAAACGGUCGUAGUCAUAAGAUUUGCAUAGUAUAGCAAUAGCAGCAGACAUCAUGAAAGCCCCAAGCGUGAUAAGCACAGCAACAAUAGCAACAGCAAUAGUAGAUACUAGGCACAACAUGGUUAACAAAGGGAACGGUGACAAUAUAAUCGGUAAACUGAGCGAUCGACUCGCUUGAAUAGUGAGAUAGACAUAUGCCCAGUGUUCGAAAAUCGAGUGAGAAGCCUGGCAAAAGAGAGCGCGACCAAGGCAUGCAGCUGCCCUAAGGACCUCGCCCAGGACGACGACGACGACGGAGUCGAAGGACCAAGAAGCAACCGCAACCAGAGGCAGCACCCAACAAAACGACGACAAUCAGUCAAGAUGAGUGAUGAUCAAGCGACGUUCAACGAUGAGAAAGCUGUCGCCAAGCACCAGGUUGUCGCGUACACGCAGAGGUCGCAGGUUAAGCACGAGAACCGGCACAUCCAGCUGGUGCGGGAGUACGGCUUCCACCCGCGCACUAAGGCCUCCGUGGAGGACGGCGACGUGCUGCCCCGCAAAUUCGAGCCCUUUCCGGAGCACAUGUACGGAAAGCCGCUGGAGGAGAUUGACACCUUCAUUUACGAGGAGACCUUCUGUGUAGUAUCUAAGCGGUUCCGGAAGAACUACAUCCAUCGCUUCACGGGCACCAAGAGCCUCUUCCUCUUCUACCCAUGGAGCCCAGCAAGGCGCGUUUGCGUCUACAUCGCCACCAACCAGUUCUUCGACUACUGCGUCAUGGCCACCAUUCUGUUCAACUGCAUCUUCCUGGCUAUGACGGAGACCGUGGAAGAGGCGGAGUACAUCUUUCUGGCCAUUUACUCUAUCGAAAUGGUCAUAAAGAUUAUUGCCAAGGGCUUUCUGCUCAACAAGUACACGUAUCUGCGAAACCCGUGGAAUUGGCUGGACUUCGUGGUCAUUACUAGUGGCUACGCCACCAUCGGCAUGGAGGUGGGCAACCUGGCGGGGCUGCGCACUUUUCGCGUGCUGCGCGCCCUCAAGACGGUGUCCAUCAUGCCCGGAUUGAAGACGAUCAUCAACGCGUUGCUGCACUCCUUCCGCCAGCUGGCGGAGGUCAUGACGCUGACCAUCUUCUGUCUGAUGGUCUUCGCGCUCUUUGCCCUCCAGGUCUACAUGGGCGAGCUGCGCAAUAAGUGCGUGCGCCAGGUUCCCACCGACUGGACGAACGUCUCUCACACGGACUGGCAGAUCUGGGUCAACGACACCGACAACUGGCUAUAUGACGAGGAUGAACUGCCCGUGCUGUGUGGUAACUUAACUGGAGCCCGCCACUGUCCUUUCGAGUACGUGUGCCUCUGCGUAGGCGAGAAUCCCAAUCACGGCUACACCAACUUUGACAACUUUAUGUGGUCCAUGCUGACGACAUUCCAGCUAAUCACGCUCGACUACUGGGAGAAUGUAUAUAACAUGGUGCUGGCAACAUGUGGUCCUAUGAGCGUCUCCUUCUUUACGGUGGUGGUUUUCUUUGGAUCGUUUUAUCUAAUCAAUCUGAUGUUGGCUGUAGUGGCGUUAAGCUACGAGGAGGAAGCGGAGAUAACGAACGAGGAACGUAAGAAGGAUCUCUUGGACCACCGGGAUGACUCUACUUUUAGCUUUGAUCCCUCGGUGCUCAACGUAAAAAAACUAAAUAAGAACAACAAAAAAAAGAUCGACUCACGGAAAGGAGUCCUCUUGGCAUCGUACAGCAAGAAAAAAACUAGGCGAAAAAAAACCAAAGGGGGGAAGGAAGGUGGCACCAACGGCAAUGGGAACGGCAGCAACGGGGACGACAACAAAUCCCAUUCGGCCACCCCCAGUCCAGGACCAAGUCCCCGCCAUAGCGCAACUGAACGCCCCUCGGCACUUACUAUGCAAGCUCAAAAACAGUACCAGCAGAUGGAGCAGCAGCAUAAGCUGGCCAAAUCAGGUAGUGGCGGUAGCAACAAUCCAAUGGCCCCCACGCCCAAGGGCCGCAUCAGCUUCCAGGACUCCGGUAUGGGCGUAAAGAACCCUAAUAUGCUUUACCCCUCGGAUUACAAAGGCCAGCUCAUCGCCAACAGCGGUCAGCCGAGCUCCAACUCCAGCGGCGUGAACCGCGAGUCCUCGCAGGACGACUCUGGGGUAGUGGACGAUCACGAGGAACAAGAUACGACGAACGAUAUGGGGCACGUGUCCACCGUUGAGCUUGCUCUCUCCCCACGCGAAGUACGCCUUAUUAAAUGUAAUGGAAACAUUGCCCGCAUCAAGAACCACAAUGUGUACGCCCUGCACCAGGAAUUCUCUUCGGAGGUGGUGGUGAUCGAUGACCUACCCGACCGAAACUGUGAUCGUUGCGUUCAUUGGUGCACCGACUAUGAAAGCUGGCUACAGUUUCAAAACUGUCUAUACAAAGUAGUGAGGGAUCCCCUUUUCGAGCUGGCCAUCACACUUUGCAUCGUGUUAAACACAGCCUUUUUGGCCAUGGAACACCACGGGAUGAGUGAAAGCUUCCGCAACGCCCUGGAUGUGGGAAACAAAGUCUUUACGUCAAUUUUCACGUUUGAGUGCAUUGUCAAGUUAAUGGCUCUUUCUAAAGAUUUUUUUCUUUGCGGAUGGAACAUUUUCGACCUUCUUAUCGUUACUGCGAGCUUGCUGGAUAUAAUAUUUGAGUUGGUUGAUGGCUUGAGUGUCUUGCGUGGCUUGCGAUUGCUAAGGGUAUUAAAAUUGGCUCAAUCGUGGACUACAAUGAAAGUGCUGCUUAGCAUUAUAAUCUCGACGAUCGGCGCUCUUGGCAACCUCACGCUCAUUUUGGUCAUAGUUAUCUACAUAUUCGCUGUCAUCGGCAUGCAAUUGUUCUCCAAAGACUAUACGCCCGAGAAAUUUGAUCCAGAUCCAGUGCCAAGAUGGAAUUUCAAUGACUUCUUUCACUCAUUUAUGAUGAUCUUUCGCAUUCUGUGCGGUGAAUGGAUCGAGCCUCUUUGGGAUUGCAUGCGAGCCGAAGAAGAGCAAGGAGCCUCCACCUGCUUUGCCAUAUUUCUGCCGACCCUAGUGAUGGGAAACUUUAUGGUGCUUAACUUGUUCUUGGCCUUGUUGCUCAACAGUUUUAACUCCGAGGAGCUCAAGUCGAAAAAAGAGGAAGUGGGCGAGGAGUCCAAGUUGGCAAGGAGUAUUGAACGAGUGCGCGACCUGAUUCGUAAGAAGAGACAAGAGCGCAAGGAUCGCAAGGAGAGAAAGUUUGCGGAAAAGUUCCAGCAGAUCGUACUUGACGCCCAGCAGGCGCAUGCUCAGACUCUCUCCCAUCAGGCUGCAGUUGGUCUGGAGAGAGGUGACAAGCCCGGUGUGCUGGCCGAAACCAAGUUUCAUAGAUUAAGCUAUCAGGAAUCUAUGAAUCGCCCAGUUUCUGGAUCCGAUUUUGGCUUUCAGAUCCCCCUGCACGACGGGCUGCAUACGAUAGUCGAUGGCCUUGAGUAUGAUGAUACGGGAGACUUGCCAGAGCAGAUCCAGCUACAGGCGCAUCCACUGCCACCCACUUCGGACUCGAUGCCACCUACCUAUGAAAGUGCUAUGAUGGCCACCACUGGAGGCUCAUUUUCCUCUGUCAAUGGAAACGGUACCUGUCAAAACCUAACUCCGUUCGUCCAAGCAGAGCGCCGGCUGCAGCACCAAAUCUCUUCGGGAGUGAGUACCCAACAGUACGAUUCACGCGAGGAGGCUACCUACACAGAAUCAAUCGAGCUGCUGGGCCAAUACAACUCAACCGAUACAGACCCGUACGCUAACGAUCAACGGAGCGGCUGCGGUUCCUUCAACCGAGGGGACUCACUGCAGGACAACUCAUCACGGCGCUAUGGAAGCGAAGAGCACGACGAGGCCUUUCUUAAGUACCAGAAGUCCCUGCUGACGCGAUCGCCAAGCUACCGAAAGUCACUGGAUCGCUUGUCCCAAUCUAGUGGGCAGUCUCAGCGAUCAUUGCUCAAGUCAGAAGAGGCUGAGAUGCGGCGACAUUCAAGCGGCCAGUCCCUGAACUCCAUGUCUAUUGAACAGGAUGAACUGCUGUCUCAGCAGGGCAAUUUGCGAGAGGAACUGCUCAACUGCGACCAAAAGGAACUAUUUCAGUUCUUGCAGGAGGAAGAGGAACUGCAAAAGGGGACCAAACUGCGACGUAUCUCAAAUGUCAUGAGAUCCCGCCGACCCUCUAGUCAGAUGGGACAGCCUGAGAACGAAACUAUGGUGGAGCACUCAGAGUUUGACAACAUUAUUCAGAGUUUUGAGAAAGAACUAGAAGAGAUCAAACGAUCCACCACAUCGUUAGAGCGCAAACUUUCCAACCUUUCAGAGCCCUCUCCGGCGGCCGAUGAAGCCACUAAAGCCAUUAUGGAGCAUAUUGCUAUCAUUACAGGAGCCUCCGAGCGCUCGGCCGCCGAUGAGGUAGUGCUCCCCUUAAACCCGUACGACAGUUAUGACCUGUCAAGCGUACCACGACGUUCUCAAUCCGUCAGCGCAGCCGCUCAGCGUCAGUCCGUAAAACUGAAGCGUCGCAGCUUAGAAAAACAACGCAAGAUCGAUGAGGACUUUAGCAUCUCAAAUGAGAUACGCAAAAUCUGUGAUCAAAUCCACGCCCCCUUCGUGGCCAUGGAAGCCAUGGCAGUCGCAGCCACCAGCGCCAGCCAGGCGCAACCUAAUCAAUCACCCUUUCUCAGGCGGAAGGUCGAUCCGUUCACUGUGCAGUUUGAUCGCUUCAAGCGUCUUUCCCUUAUUGAGCGCGUGGAGGAAGUACCCGAGGAGGAGAAGCCUAUCUCGACGCUACGCAUUGAGUCGGAGAAGAUGCCGCGCAAGUUUCUGCAUGGUCCCGACCAGCUGCGUCUGGACAGCCUCUCUCUAAAGAGCACGAACUCGUACGAAAACCUCCUGAUCCAGAAGCAAAAGCUGGGCAUGGCCACGCCACCCGCCGUUCCUGCUACUCCGCCUACCUCCUUAAAAUCGAGCAUCGAGCCACCGACACUGGCGCAAAUUUCAUCGCUAAAAACCACCCCGCCGCUGGCUGCUCUUACCGAGCACCAGCAGCACUUUCAUGCCACAAGCAUUCAAGCAGCACCCACUCCCGCCCACACUCAUGCCCACUCUCAGGCGCAUGCUCACUCAAUGGCUGGGCAGCGGCGACGCAUGGAGCAUCCACAAUCGACGCUAGACAAAGCCGCAUCCUUCCAGUCAGCGCGCACCGAGUCGCACAGCUCGGGAGCGGCAGACGCAAGCUCAGCCCUGGCUCUGGCCAUGGCCCAAAAGACUGAGCAGUCGCAGUCGACGGCGCCAGAUGCCACCCAGAAGCCGUCUGCAUUUACGCGACUGACCGAAAAACCAUGGCAUUGUUUGGUUUCCUACGUAGACGAUCUCACUGUCGGUGGGAGACGUAACUCGCAGGGAGCUUACAAUGAUCCCAUGACUUUUCCGAGCUACGGGGCCACAAAGGCCGCCAAGGUGCCUGACGACUGUUUUCCUCAGAAGUGCUACGACCAUUUCUACUUUCGCUGCCCCUGGUUCAUGAGCUGCAUGGACACGCAGAGCGCCAAGCACUGGACUCGCGUGAGGACGGCUGUCUUAACGGUUGUCGAUACUCCGGCCUUUGAGUGGUUUGUGUUGGUGCUGAUCUUUGCGUCAAGUAUCACGCUCUGCUUCGAGGACAUUAACCUGGACAAGAACAAGACGCUAAAAAGAGUUCUAUACUGGAUUAACUUCUCCUUCUGUCUGAUAUUCGUCGUUGAAAUGAUCCUCAAGUGGCUGGCCCUCGGAUUUUCCAAGUACUUUACCAGCUUCUGGACCAUACUUGAUUUCAUCAUAGUGUUUGUAUCAGUAUUCUCGCUGCUUAUUGAAGAGAAUGAAAACCUUAAGGUCCUAAGAUCGCUGCGCACAUUACGAGCUUUGCGCCCGCUGAGAGCCAUCUCUCGGUGGCAAGGAAUGCGGAUUGUAGUAAACGCUCUCAUGUAUGCAAUACCAUCAAUUUUCAAUGUUCUUUUGGUUUGUUUGGUUUUUUGGUUGAUCUUCUCAAUAAUGGGUGUUCAGUUCUUUGGUGGUAAAUUUUUUAAGUGCGUUAAUGAGAUGGGCGAGCUACUGCCGAUUACUGAGGUUAACGACAAGUGGGACUGCAUCGAACAGAACUACACGUGGAUUAACUCUAAGAUCACUUUCGACCACGUGGGGAUGGGCUAUUUGGCCCUUCUGCAAGUGGCGACCUUCGAGGGCUGGAUGGAGGUAAUGGCCGACGCAGUUGAUGCUCGUGGAGUGGACCUGCAACCGCAGCGGGAAGCCAACCUAUAUGCGUAUAUUUAUUUUGUUAUAUUUAUUGUGUGCGGAUCGUUCUUCACACUGAAUCUAUUCAUUGGAGUUAUUAUUGAUAACUUUAACAUGCUUAAGAAGAAGUAUGAAGGAGGAGUGUUGGAAAUGUUUCUCACCGAAUCUCAAAAACACUAUUACACGGCUAUGAAAAAAUUGGGACGAAAGAAACCACAGAAAGUUAUUAAGCGACCUAUAAAUCAUUUUUUAGCUAUGUUUUAUGAUUUAUCCAAUUCGAGAAGGUUCGAGAUCGCGAUCUUUGUACUGAUUUUUCUAAAUAUGCUUACAAUGGGCAUCGAGCACUACGAUCAGCCUCAUGCAGUCUUCUUCAUUCUGGAAGUGAGCAACGCCUUUUUCACCACAGUAUUUGGUCUAGAAGCCAUUGUGAAAAUUGUCGGUCUGCGCUACCACUACUUCACAGUGCCAUGGAACGUGUUCGACUUCCUUCUGGUGCUGGCCUCUAUCUUCGGGAUUCUGAUGGAAGACAUCAUGAUAGACCUGCCCAUUAGUCCGACGUUACUUCGGGUGGUCCGCGUCUUCCGCAUUGGGCGUAUAUUGCGGUUGAUCAAGGCCGCCAAGGGGAUCAGAAAGUUGCUAUUCGCUCUCGUAGUGUCCCUGCCCGCCCUAUUUAACAUCGGAGCUCUGCUAGGACUGAUCACCUUUAUCUACGCAAUUCUGGGCAUGUCGCUGUUCGGAAAUGUCAAGCUCCAAGGUGCUCUCGAUGACAUGGUGAACUUCCAGACCUUCGGGCGCAGCAUGCAGUUACUGUUCCGGUUGAUGACCUCAGCCGGGUGGAAUGACGUACUUGAGUCCCUGAUGAUACAGCCGCCCGACUGCGACCCAUUUAUCCAUGGGCACACGAACGGAAACUGCGGUCACCCGCUUCUAGCCAUUACCUACUUUACGAGCUUUAUCAUCAUCAGCUAUAUGAUUGUGAUCAACAUGUACAUUGCCAUUAUCCUGGAAAACUUCAAUCAGGCGCACCAGGAAGAGGAGAUCGGCAUCGUCGAGGACGAUCUGGAAAUGUUUUAUAUUCGCUGGUCAAAAUACGAUCCACAUGCCACCCAAUUUAUACACUUCUCGCAACUGUCCGAUUUUAUUGCCUCUCUCGAUCCACCAUUGGGCAUCUCGAAGCCCAAUAAUGUCGCUUUAGUGUCAUUUAAUCUACCCAUUUCUAAGGGUAAUAAAAUACACUGUCUCGACAUUUUGCACGCGCUCGUUAAGCACGUGCUAGGUCAUGUCGAGGAGACCGAUAACUUCAAACAGUUGCAGGAACAAAUGGAUGUCAAGUUCAAGAAACAGUUUCCAACGCGCAAAGAAUUGGAAAUUGUUUCGUCGACGCGGAUCUGGAAGCGCCAGGAAAAGGCGGCCAAGACCAUUCAAACGGGCUGGAAGGAAUAUUUGCGGCGCAAGCGGGAAAAGGAACGCUCCAAUUCUGGGGACAGCGCCACUCAAACCUCCAGCCCUGGUGGAUGGCAAUCAAAACUUUCUGCCCUAAAUUUCUUCCACCUUCAGGUGAGUCGUCGAGGCACUGCCUGCUCCAGUCGAGCCUCGUCUCGAAAAUCGUCGCGUGCCUCGGAUGCAUCCGAUCUUAGCGAACUAGCUGGGCCUUGGUUGAACCUGCCUCUGAUGCUCGUCUCAGGUGCCGACGAAGUAGUCAAGGAUAUAAAACAGCAAAACGACGAGCUGGGCAAACGCAAAUCCUCUUGUAUCUCCCUAAACUAUGAGUCCCUGCUCGCAGACAUGGUCACUGCCGUUCUCAGAAGUGGCUCGCAGCCUAGUGGCUUGAAUUAUCUAGCCGCAAUGAACAACACGACCAACACCACCUCAAACUCCGCCUCCACCUCCGGCACGGCCUCCUCCACCGCCACCGCCCCAGCCACUGGGUGUGGCCCAGCAGCCACCUCCGCCUCCGACAGCGACCGACACCAGGCGGUGGGGGGUGGGUCGGCUCCAUCACCUGAGGCGUCAGCCCCCGAGGUGAUCGUCACCAGGCCGUCGCCAGAGCAACAGACGCAUCCGCACUCGCUGAGCCUGCGUCCGGACAACGCAACUCUGGUCCACGUACUGGUACACCGCGAGAGCGAAGAGUAUAAGGAGGAGGAUGAGAGCAGCCCGUCCGUGAGCGGCAACGGAAAUGGUUUUGGUGUCGGCCUGGACAUGCUUAGCAAGCAGCCGCCGCCUCAGAUACGCAUCACAACGGGCUCGGUAGAGAGCUCAAUGGACACGUGCGCGAUGCCCACAGUUCAGAUCAUGGUGGACAGUCCGAAGGACCCGCCACGAGGCGAUUUCAGCUCAGCACCGAUUGAUGAUGUGGGUGCGCCAAUCGAUGUGAAUGUCCAGGGCGAUACUUCGCAGGUGUUUUACGACUAUAAUCCUGAGAAAGCCACCGAUGACCAAGGGAAUGGACAGGACGAGACAGCGCAGUUCGAAUCACUUCCAGACAGACAGAGAUGACCUCCGGUCAACACUCCUCUGCGGGAUUCGGAGAAACGCUCCAGCCGUGGCAGCCGCAGUAGUAGCAGCAGCACCAGCAGCAUCAGGAGCUGCUCGUCCUCAUCAUCGUCGUCGGCGGCAUCGGCAGCCGCACCCUCGGCGCGGCGUACAAGCUGACAACCUUCGGUCUGAGUGCGUAUUCCUUGCCGAUUCCUGAGUGCAUUUGUGUCAGAACUCGUAGUUUCUUAGGCUUAGGCAUGGGGCCCGCCUCUUUGUUAUCAUAGUCGAUAACCUAUAUAGUUAUAUAUUAAUCGCUUUAUACGAUAUACAUAUAUACACAUAUACAGAUACGAAGCUAUUCAAAUUUAUACAUGCAAUAUCAGUUUAAGGACGAAAUCAAUAUUAACUAUGUUAACAAGAACGUGCAUUAAACCGUUGUAGUACUCGAAUCUAAUCAAAAAUCCGAAUGAGUCGGAAUCGCCAUCAUCAUGGUUAAUGUCACAAUCAGAAUUGAGGAAGAGCAAAUUUGUCGGUAGUUUACUGCCCGAUUUAGUUGUAGUCAGAAUGCCUGACCCACAAGUGAGGCAAUGAAGGCAAGGCACGGCCUUCUAUUCUCCUGCCGUGGGCCAACUUUCUGCCACAUUUUCGAAGGUUGUUUUUGAACUAUACAAUACGUAGAGGUUUGCAUCACAUGCAUACAUUACAUGUGUAACUAACUAUCGCGGUUAGAUCUAGGCUCAUAACUGUAGUGUUUGUUUCGUAAUUAUCGACUUGCAUAUACGGAAGGUAUAUGUGAAUAGUAUCUAAAUACAUUUUGUACAUAUGCCAAAGGAAGUAUUUUAAAUUAAUGAGCUAAUACUAUAGUUACAGACUAUGACGUUAGUUAGAUACAAUUUAUUGAAGUAAUUAUAAAGGUUUUUCGUUACGAUAGCGCAAAGAUUGCCGAUUACAAAUGCGAUUACGAUAGCGAAUAUUAUCCAUUACCGAUUGUUCGAAGUACAAAAGCGAAGUAUUAGUAGAUUUGAUUAUUAUUAUAUUGUAUUGUACAUAUCUUAUGGCUCCUCCCUCAUCCACAUCUCCCUUUCUCGUGUGCAUCCAACGGUAAUAACAAAGACGUUAAAAUACGAAGAUGCGUAGCGCCAUACCAUUUUUUUUUUUUUUUUUUGCAUCCCCAAUGCAUGGCCGAUACGCAUCUUAGAGAUUAUAUUGGUCUUUGGUAAUAACUAAGCCAAAAACAAUGUCAAGUGAUUUUGUACUCAACGCACUUACAUAUUUAUAUCAAUCCUAAUCCCAGUCGGGAUUAACACACUACACUGCACUCUUAUCGAGACCCAAAUUAAUCCGUAAUCAAUCAGCAGUCCACAUAAGUACCAGUCAGAAGAAGUUUACGAAGAUGAAGUUUUUAAGUUUAUUUUCGAUAAGUACAGUCGAAAAUAGCAAAUCAAAAGCAGGACGUAACAAUUUUGGUCUCCUAUACAAUGAACAACCAACAAGCUUCCACAUGAACUCUAUUUUAGCAAAAUAAUUUACAAUUUACACUCACUUUAUUGUACGACUAAGAAUGGUUAGGACGGGCCAAGUUUCCAAGAAACUCGCCUUGUUUUGUUACUUUUUAAGUGUUGUUCUCUCUUUUAAGUCUCCAUUGUGAUCGCAUUAAGUUAAAACAUCGAACAGGAAAAAAGUUAAGAAGUGAAUAACGUACACUCCGAGUGGGAAAAUAUUAACAAAUCCCGAAUAACUUAUGCACCCCCGCGCCAUUCAGGGCACUUUGCUACUCUAACUCUACUUUCAUAACUUAACAACAGACAAUCAGACAGCGAUUGAUAGUAAGUUGAAAUUCUAUGGUACCAACUAAAACGUUUUUUCCAGAAACAAACAACCAAAUGAACACACAACAACUUAAUUGUGAUUUUAACUGCAAUUUUUACACAGAAAAUACAAAAAAUAAGGUCAUAAUUUUAAUUAGAAUUGUUAACAAGGAAACAAAACCAAAAACAGACAGAAACCAAACACUCGUCAAUUAAGUGAUAUUUAAUAUUGGUACGUACUCGUAUUCGAUUGUACAUAAACGAAAAACGAUUAUGAUAAUGGUAACGAAAUAGCAAUAGAACCUGAUUCCAACCACAAAAAAACUAAAAGCUCAAAAAAAAAGAGAAAUGCUUUUAUUUUAGUUUUCUUCAACAGAAAUCGAUUAACCAGAUUACAGAGCGAGGCGAGACCAGUCGGAGCGAUGCUAUGAUGUGGGAUGUUUAAUUUAGUCAUAGAGUAUAACGACAAUAAAAAAAAUGAUGCAUAUUCAAUUAUAGAGACGCAAGUUCGAGUCAUCGUUACCGAAACCAAUACUCAAAAUAACAGCAGGCAGGCCACUCACACAGAAUCUGGGAAUACAAGGACAAACUUAACUCUUAGAUAAUCGUAAUCGCAGUAGAUGAGGCUUUGGUCCCACUCAAGUCAGUCAAGUCGAUAGCAGUACGAAGCAAGCGAACCUGAAUUGGAGGCGAAGACAGAACCGAAUCCUAUGCAUUUAGAGCUCACGCAACACAGACAAGACAUUAAGACAAUCUCCCGGACUUGGGAGAGAUAGGUGGAUGCAGGAUGCAGGAAGUAAAACCACAUGAAGUACACAAAUAUACACCUAUAGUUAGCAAUACGGCUGGUUUAAUUAGGCAUGCCUUACAGAAUACACGAUUUUAUUUAUAUAUAUACAUUGUUGAGAUUAAAGUAUAUACGAAAGAUAGGAGUUAAUGUUUCAUCGGCCACGCUACUAGAAGCAGAAUAAGUCGCAUAACACCACUUAAACCGAAUAACAAGUCGUACAAUUGUCCAAAACGCUCCAAGAACUAAGUCAAUUAUUUUGAUUUGCCGCUUUAAAGGUCCUAGUCCUAGUCCUCUAACAAUAACAAUAACAGCCACAGCUAAUCAAGAGCGUUAUCAAGUCGAGUAACCAAACUAAGGCCCAGUAGUAAUUUGUAUUCUAGCUUAGCUUAAUCGAUGCAUGCGCUUCACUCACUCCAUAAAACGGCCUGAAGCUUUUUACUCCUUGCUGUCGGAAAUCAUAAAAAACAAAUAAUUAGGCUGAAAAUUGUUAACAAAUUAUGACCGCACAGCUUGCAUAAGUUUCCAGUCGGUUUUCCAUUGCCAUUGAUUGCCUCGUUAGCUCUUUACGCCCGUGUAAUUCGAUUUGGUCCGCUACGCUCAGUUCAGCUCUGGCUUAAACAAAGGAAUUAUUACAGACAAGGAAGACAAAAAAGUUAAAGAUUAAGAGCUCAUUAACCAUAAUAUGUGACUAACACACAUUUUGAACCGAAUCAUAUCAAAUCAAAAUAAAAGAUGGUUAAGUAAAGCGAAUAACUAAAUGAAAACUCUAAAAAGCGUACAUCUAACAUUUGAAAUUAAAUAUUUACUCGGGUACAAAUAGUACAGUAAUGAUAUUCGUUUAUACAAUAUUUACUGUCUAUAUAACCAUUAUAUACUACUUACUUACUGACAAUUAUUAAGGGUUUUGUUCAAUUUCAUUACUCGUAUGUUAAUAAAAACAAUUUCCGACUAACUCG